AUGGCCAACAACGCGCCUCAAGUGGCUGAAAUGGAGGUUCGUGAGUCACCUGCUGCAGUUGACAAGAAAGCAGUGGCUCUAGCGGCCCAAAUCAAGAAGAGCAAGCACUUCAUAGUUUUUACAGGUGCUGGGGUUUCGACCUCUGCGGGAAUCCCCGACUUCCGCGGUCCAGAGGGCAAUUGGACUCUCAGGGCCCAAGGCAAGAAGCAGACCAAGGUCGCCAACACGCUGCAAGCUAUCCCUACGCCGUCUCAUAUGGCGCUUGUGGAGCUGCAAAACCGGGGUAUCUUGAAGCACCUGAUCAGUCAGAAUUGCGACGGGCUUCAUAGAAGAAGUGGCAUCCUGCCUGUAAGUUCCUACUCUGGCCAGUGGUGGUUCUCAGCUGACUUUAUGAAGGAAAUGAUCUCCGAACUACACGGGAACAGCAAUCGUGAGUACUGCAAAGAUUGCAACAAAGAAUACAUGAGAGUAGACUUCCGCGCCGUCUCGACAUACGAGAAGGGUGACCACGAUCACCGCACAGGCCGCAAAUGUGCCCGCUGCGGGGGAAUCUUACUAGACAGCAUCGUCAACUUUGACGAAAAACUCCCCGUGCGAGACUUAGACCUCGGCAGGGAAAAUGCCCGAAACGCCGAUUUUUGUCUUGUCCUAGGUUCCUCGCUGACCGUCACUCCAGCCAACGGGAUCCCUGAGAUUGUCGGCGAGAAAAAAGGGGCGAAGCUCGCUAUAUGCAAUCUCCAGAAAACACCCAUCGAUGGACUCUGCGAUUUUCGCAUAUUUGCCGAGGCAGAUACACUGAUGGUUACGGUCAUGGAGAAGCUUGGCCUACCGAUCCCACCAUUUAUCCUUCGGCGGCGUCUUGUGGUCAAUGUGGAAAUACAGAAAGAGGAUCGAUACCGGGUUACGGUUACCGGCGUUGACAGUGAUGGGACUCCGGUUACAUUUCUUCAGUCUGUCAGGCUGGAAGGGAGCAGACGUGUGGCGCGCACAGAACCGUAUGUGAUUCUUAUGCGCGAAUCGCUUCGACCUGGUGCGCAGGUGAAGCUCGAGCUUGAGUUUAUGGGGCAUUACAAUGAGCCGAACUUGGAGCUUGUUCAUCAUUAUGAUGGCAAUGAGGAUGGAUUGUAUAUUCUUGAGUAUAACCCACAAAAUGGAGUGUGGGUUAUUACGAGACAGGAAAGUCUCGCUGAUGUCGCGGACUCUGGUCCGGGGGCUCAAUCCUCACAGUUCGGACGGCGUCAGUUGAUCUCCUAA